GCUUUCUGAGCGUGAAGAAAUGGCUGCUCCGGAAGAAACACCAGAUAGAACUGGCGCGCAAGCGCGGUUGGAAGGGGUACUGGGUGUGUCUGAAAGGCACUACCCUGCUUUUUUACCCAUGCGAAUCCAGGGAGGGCCGAGCUGUAGAAGCGGCGCCCAAACAUCUCAUUAUUGUGGACGGAGCCAUCAUGCAGCCCAUUCCAGAACAUCCCAAGAGGGACUUCAUAUUCUGUCUGAGCACUGCCUUCGGUGACGCUUAUCUUUUCCAGGCGCCUUGUCAGGUUGAGCUGGAAAACUGGGUGAACAGCAUUCAUAGCGCAUGCGCCGCAGCAUUUGCAAGACACCGAGGUAAAACUGGUACGCUACAUCUGCUGCAAGAAGAGAUCUUCCGACUAGAAAAAGCCAUCGAAACGGACUACAAGCUGAAACACAUGGCAGAAAUGCAGCAAUCAGUAGUAAUGGACAAUGAAACAAGGCAGCAAAUAGGCAAUCAAGUGAUCCAAUGGGAAGAAAACCUGGAAAGACUUCAUUGCGAACAGUUCAGGCUGAGGUGCUACAUGGCAAGCUUACAAAGUGGGGAACUUCCUAAUCCAAAAUCCUUGUUGACCCAUGUGUCCAGAGCAACGAAAAACACCCUGAACAAGUUGGGAGUGUUCACAGUAUCUUCCUUCCAUGCCUUCAUCUGCGCUAGGAGUCCUUCCUUGCUCAAUAACCUGCUUGCCGGCCGAGGAGCGACGAAGAGGAGACCUCCAAUGUUGUCUAGGUCAAACAGUGGGUCCAGUAGGAGAUCACUACAGAUCAACUCAAGAGACGAAUCUGAGAAGACAGUGAAGGUGGCUCUGCCAGAAAACGCCUACGCAACUGUCUACGUUCGCGAAUCCAUGUCUGUGGAGGAAUUCCUCGCCAGCGCCUGUGCUAGAAAAGGACUCAAUCCCACCGAACAUUUCGUCAGAGUCAAGAAACGGAGGGAAAUGGAGGACCACAACUACUUUGUACCACAUAGGAGUGAUCUCAUUGAAACUUACUUACACACCCACGAAGUAGUAGAAGUUUGUGCGAAGAUCCUGUAUCAGGUGGAGCUGUCACGAAACACCUUAGAGCAAAUGUGGGGCUUCAGCGUUGAGGCCGAAUUGGUUGAAAACGCUGAUCGGCAAGAUGAGCUCUGUUGUUAUGUCAGUAGAGUUGAAGAUAAAAGCGUUGCUAUGCAGAAUGGCAUCAUCAAAGGCGACGAAAUAAUGGUAAUCAACGGCGCCAUAGUCUCAGACCUGGACAUGAUGUACCUGGAGAGCGUCCUUCAGGAAGAACUCGCGCUGUGCAUGAUGAUGCGAUCCUCAAGAACUGAACCUCCUGACGUUGGAGGAGGUGGGCCUCCCGUUUGCUCCACCGGAGGUCCAGCGAUCACUGGAAUCCUCCACGCUGCUACUGAUGACAUUAUUGACAGUUUGGUAUGUCCUCCGCCACCCACGGAGCCUCAGGCUAUCUCGGAAGAGAUGAUUUCUGGAUUGAUAGUACCAGCACCAGGUAAAGACCGGUACUCGACCGACAGCGAAAACCCCCCCUCCUCCAUGACAGACUCUGGCAUCAAAGUGAGUUCACGCACCAACUCCUUCGAGAUCGAGAACCUGCUGAAGAGUGCCGAGCAAGUGACCGGAUUCUGCAGAUCGCCGGUAGAGUGUCGCAGGAGUGCGACAGGUGGCGCUGGUAGUCCGACCGGCAGUGUCGUUAGCAAUGCUUCGCAGGUAGCGCCAUCUAGGCAGCUGUCGGAUGCGGAGAAGCUCCGGAAGGUCAUUUUGGAGCUGGUUGAUACAGAGAGGGCGUACGUCAAGCACCUAAACAACCUGCUGGAAAACUACCUAGAGCCCCUGAAAAGGGAAACGUUCCUGUCGAAUGCCGAAAUCAACGCUCUCUUCGGCAACAUCCAGGAAAUCGUUACGUUCCAGAGACAAUUCCUGCAGAAUCUCGAGGAAGCUUUGGAAUUAGAGCCGGAUUUCCAUAAAUUCGAGUAUCCCAGCCAGUUUAAGAAUGUCCUGUUCAGCAUAGGCAGCGCUUUUCUGUACUAUGUAAAUCACUUCAAAUUAUACAGUUCUUUUUGUGCGAGCCACAGCAAGGCGCAGAAAGUUUUGCAUCCCAAUGAAGGCAAUCAAGCUCUGCAGGAGUUCCUGGCUGCGAGAAAUCCUAGGCAACAACAUUCGUCAACCUUAGAAUCUUACCUAAUCAAACCAAUACAGAGGAUACUGAAAUAUCCAUUGCUACUGCAACAGCUCAAAAACCUGACUGAUCCCAAUACUGAUGAACAUCAACACCUUGUCGAGGCCUUAAAGGGAAUGGAAAAAGUAGCUGAACACAUAAACGAGAUGCAAAGGAUACAUGAAGAAUAUGGAGCAAUAUUUGAUCACCUCUUCAGGCAACACCAAAAGUCAUGCAAACAGUCGAUAGACUUGAGUCCUGGUGACCUGCUGUACUACGGAGGUGUGGAGUGGCUGAAUAUUUCCGAUUUUCUCGGGAAAAUCAAGAAAGGCCUAGAACUUCACGCAAUGUGUUUCGUAUUCAAGACUGCUGUAGUGUUCCUUUGCAAGGAACGACUUAGACAGAAAAAGAAGCUUAUGGGUGUAUCAAGUAAAAGUUCCUCGUCAGAAGUAGAGAUAAUCAGAUACCAAGUGCUUAUUCCUGUAACAGAAGUACAAGUAAGAGCUUCAUCAGCAAAAGAUAUGGACUCUCACUUCUUAUGGGAGCUCAUCCAUCUCAGGAAUCAAUUACAGAGGAGAUCCGAGAAGAUUUACGUCUUAUCAAACAGCACGGCAGAGUUUCGCAACGCUUUUCUGAAGACGAUUCGUCAGAUAAUCAGAGAAUCAGUGCGAAACAUGAUGAUUCCAUCAACGAAACCUGGCUCUGGACCAGGAAUCCUACUAGCAACUGGUCACAAAGUUCAUGCAGGAGGAGCAGUCUCUACUAGCCAUACGCUGGAAAGGACUGGUGCUAGGUCGCAACAACAGACUCAGGUUCAGCAAGGUUCUCAUACACUAGGCAAAACAAGAAGGACGAAAGGAGGGCAAAGACAUUCAGCUGGUAACAUAGAAUAUGAUAAUGUCAGUCAAGAAGAGGAUGAGAUCACAGUAACGGGAAGUAACUUCAGAUCGAGAAGUAGGACUGUUGGAGACACUGUGGAUGCUCAAAAACGUGCUGAUGAAAGGAAUGACACUGGAGCUAAAUCGGAAGGGGAAGAAGAUUCUCAGGCAGGAGCCAAACCCAAAUCAGGACUGGGGAAGACUCCAAAUCAUCUCACCCUAAGUGGGUGGCCGAACCAAAACCCCCCGACCUUUUGCAGCACCACGUCUACCCUGUCUGCAGGCAGCACCGGCAGCCAAGCAAGACUCAUCCAGUCUUCUCACCCUCCGGAGACCUUCCAUCCCAUGCACACCGAGGAUCUGGGUAAGCAAGACUCAAGUCCGAACCAGUCAAAGCGGACGACGCCAAAUCAUUCUCGUCGGCCUAGUCCAAACGCCAGGAGCCCCAGCGGGGGCUCAAGAAAGUCCAGUCCAUGUGCUAGAAAUAUCGAUAGCACUUCAUCCAGGAAAACCAGUCCUAACACCAGAAACUCUAACGGCACUUCAAGAAGAUCUAGCCCCAACGCUAGGAGCCCAAGCGGUUCGAGGAAACCUAGCCCAAACUCGAGAAAGUCGGGCGAUGCAAGCCCGAAAAAAACUAGCCCGAAGGCAGGUCGCAAGUCGCGCGAAGGCAGUCCUAAGAAGAUCAAGUCGUCCUUGAAACAGCCUUCAAGGUCGCUGAGUAUCGAGACGCCUACUUGCGUGGAGUGCUACCUGGUCGCCCGUGUGGAAGCCAAGAGACAGUAGUUUAGAGCCGACCUCAACCACACUCCCGCGCAAGAGCAGAGACCACAAUAUGGCCGCGUUGAGCGCCUCUAGAAAGUCGCUCAUCGAAACCAGCACUGGCCUGGAGGUGUACAAUCAGCAGUAAAUAUAUUCUAUAUCUGUAAUAAGGGUACGCGUAACGAUCCCUGUGGUAUACCGUUUCGGUGAUUCUUCUACAAAGCAUUCUCUUAGCACCUCGUGAAACCAUGGCAGGGUAAAUGUUUCUCAACGGAAAUCACAAAGUAAAAUAGUAUAGAUUCAGGAUCUUCCAUAGCUAUCCAUUGACGACCUUGAGGAUGACCCAUAAGGUGAAAUCAAGGUCAAUACAAUCUUCUUCGAAUAGGAUCCUAUAUUUUUGAUCCCUGAAACGGAUAAAACGUUUACGUUUAGACAUGACCUUGAGUGAGAAUUAUAUUGACCUUAAACGUCUCUGGCCAAGGUUAUGUCGAAAAGUGUCGAGUAUCCUAUGGAUUUUGCUAAAAUAACCGAUGAAGUAUUUUCAAGAAUAUACUGGUAAUAUAUAUCAGAUUAAUGCUUCAAAAUAUGUUGCUUCAUAUAUUUCCUAAAUAUUUACGAAAAAUAUCAGAUA